AUGGAUGAAGCCAAUCACUCCGUGGUCUCUGAGUUUGUGUUCCUGGGACUGUCUGAUUCCUGGAAGAUCCACCUCCUCCUCUUCCUCUUUUCCUCAGUGUUCUAUGUGUCAAUCCUGAUGGGAAACCUGCUCAUGGUGCUAACUGUGACCUCUGACCCUCGUUUACAGUCCCCUGUGUACUUCCUGCUGGCCAACCUUUCCAUCAUCGAUUUGGUAUUUUGCUCCUCCACAGCUCCCAAGAUGAUUUAUGACCUUUUCAGGAAGCACAAAACCAUCUCUUUUGGGAGCUGUGUAGCUCAGAUCUUCUUUAUCCACUCAGCAGGGGGCACUGAGAUGGUGCUGCUCAUAGCCAUGGCUUUUGACCGAUAUGUGGCUAUAUGUAAGCCUCUCCACUACCUGACUGUCAUGAACCCACAAAGGUGCAUUUUGUUUUUAGUCAUUUCCUGGAUUAUAGGUAUUAUUCACUCAGUGAUUUAGUUGGCUUUUGUUGCAGACCUGCCUUUCUGUGGCCCUAAUAAAUUAGAUAGUUUCUUUUGUGAUUUUCCUCGAUUUAUCAAACUGGCUUGCAUAGAGACCUACACAUUGGGAUUCAUGGUUACUGCCAAUAGUGGACCUAUUUCUCUGGCUUCCUUUUUAAUUCUCAUAAUCUCUUACAUCUUUAUUUUGGUGACUGUUCAGAAAAAAUCUUCACGUGGUAUAUUCAAGGCUCUCUCUAUGCUGUCAGCUCAUGUCAUUGUGGUGAUUUUGUGCUUUGGGCCAUUAAUCUUUUUCUAUAUUUUUCCAUUUCCCACAUCACAUCUGGACAAAUUUCUUGCCAUCUUUGAUGCAGUUAUCACUCCUGUUUUGAAUCCAGUCAUCUAUACUUUUAGGAAUAAAGAGAUGAAGGUGGCAAUGAGAAGACUAUGCUCUCCAUUGGUGAAUUACAGUAAAGUCUCUUAA